AUGCUUUCCAAUCAGGACGAAUGUAUAAUACAAAUUAGCGGUGAAGGGGAGGUCAGUGGAGAACCUCUGGAUUUUUUGGGAGUGUUUGUACGAAACGGACAACAAGGAGGCAUUGCGGAUGGUCACAUUGGGGCCGAUCAUUCCAUACUAAUGGAUGAUCGAGCUGACGUCGAAGAGGUCCAGUUCAGUCUCGCUGCUAACGCUGUCAGCGCGACUUUCGCUCGCCGUUUGAACACUUCCGAUCCAAACGACGUUGAUCUUUCCAAGUGUUUUGUCAGUAUUGUUUAUUGCUUAAUUCAUUUCAAGCUAGCCUUCAUUGAAGGCUUCAGUGAAGUUAGGAUUUUUUCUGGAGUGAAUAUUGGAAGACGUUUUUUGGAAAAACACAUCGUUGAAAGGUUGACAAAGCAUUGA